AUGGUGUUCAAGUUCCGAACCUUCAGCUUCUCCAAUCCCACUGAGGACGACCCAGCACUCCCUAAAAGUUUUUCACUGCAGGAGCUUCAAGACGCGACGCAAAAUUUCAGCCGCGACAUUGUCCUGGGCUGGGGUGGAUUCGGCACGGUUUACCGGGGAUACUUGGCCAAUGGUUGUCAAGUGGCAGUCAAAAGGCCCAGGAAUCUCGCACAGGGGACUGAGAAGCAGUUCAAAACAGAGAUGGGAAGUGUCAAGCUUGAUUUAUAUGCAUCCGAAUGUGCUACGCCUGGGGGCCUUUUGCAGGACCAAGAAAGAGCUUUUACUGGUCUAUCCCCCGAUGGUCAGUAG